UGUGCCUUCAUACGUUUCAUGUAAGUAUUAGGGAAAUAAAGUUACGAGAUUGUUUACAAAGCCAGACAAGUCGGACAGAACAGGGGGAGUGCAACUGUCUACGUUUCCAUAUCCACUGAAGUAGCUUAUUCACGUUUCCAGGUGAGGAUGAGUACGAUGAUGCUUGUCGUGGCCUUGAUCAUGACCUGUGCUAUACCGCAUGGCCAUGGUGUGGCUGACACUAAUGAAACCACGUCCCAGAGAACGGCAACUUCCAUGGCUUCAGCUGAAGGGCCUUACGUCCUGGGCUACAUGAGAACAAUUCGCUGUUUCUUCAUCUGUCGGCGAGGUAUGACGGACACCCGCUGUGAUUGUUCCAGGUGUAAGACUAAAGUAUGCCAAGCAGGUCAGCGGUGUAAAAUGAAUGAGGGAAAUCCAGUCUGUGUUGCUGAUCGCGAAGUGUGCCAGUUGACAAGGGAACUUGGACCAUGCAGAGCUCUCAUGCCGCGAUAUUUCUACAACCAAGCCACCCGUCGAUGCCAGCAGUUCUACUACGGUGGUUGUCAAGGAAACGGCAACAACUUCAAAACCCGUGGGGACUGUGUUGCUACGUGCAGGAGAAGGGGCGUUGUAUGUGAAUCCGGCAGAAUGAAUAUCCAACCGUUUAUAUUCGUGAUAAUUCUGACAUGCGCAGUAGUGUGCGUGACGGGUGAUGACAAGAAGGAAGGAACCACAACGGCACCGGUCACAAAAGGGAAACCAGCUCCGCCAAGAUACAAGCCAGACACCCGUCCUCAGCUCUUCAACUGCUACUAUCUCUGCCAGACCGGGAUGGGGAGCCUGUACUGCAGGUGCCCGCAGAGGGUUACAUGCAAGACAAAGAUAUGUUCUGAUGGCUACGUAUGCAUUGAGGUAUACGGACAUGCCCGCUGUGUGCCGGAUACAUCAGUGUGUAGGCUCCCUAAAGUUAGCGGACACUGCAAGGCUUACAUGCCCCGGUACUACUACAACUCCUAUUCCCGGAGAUGUGAGAGAUUCAUCUACGGCGGAUGCGGUGGAAACGGAAACAACUUCAAGACACUCGACGAGUGUUACCGACGCUGCGGAAUCCGGUACAGAGGGGAUGCCUAUUGAUAGAAACGGAUUGGAGUCGAUAUUCCCUUUACGUAGCAAGGCAUGCAUAUGAAUGUAGCUGCAAUUUGUAAACAAUGAAAUAAAUAUCAUUUAACAUU